GGAUGCCCACUAGGACCCUGCAGUGUUCCAGGCUGACUUUUCCAGCAUUUCUUUUGGAGUCAGGAACUGGGAGGGACCGUCAUCCCAAGCUUUCCUUUAACCUGCCCGUACUGGCCAGAUCCAAACAGAUGCUACAACUCCUUUCUCAUUUGGACCUUGUCUGCAGGGAAUCUCACUCUGUCUCUUUCUCAUUCUAUGUGUCCAGAAAAGUUCAGGGAAAUAUUCCAGAGUCUCGUCUGGCCUGAAGGAGGAAUCUUUCCAUACAUCUGGCAACUCUGCUACAGAAAUCAGAAAAAAAAAGUUGUCUAGCAAGCUGUUAAAACUGCUAUGGAGUUAGCUGCUGGAUCGAUAAAAAAAUAUAGGUCUAUGUUUCUUAGCUUAACAGAAAAGCAAAUAAAAAAAGACAUACAUUUUCCAAGAAGAUAAUCUCCAAAAUAUAUUGGACUUGUAACUAUCCUCUUUGCAGGGAAAAGACAACAUUUUACACUCACUUCUCAGAACUACUGGAAAUCAGAAAAUGAAUGUUAUCUAGUGCCAGCCAUUGUUUGCUUUCGAGGAACAGGAGAAAUGAAUUCCCAGGAUAGAAUAUAACUUUAACCAUUUUUUUGUGAUUUCAGUGCAGCCUAUGACUUAAUAAAGAAACACAAUCGGUUUGCUAAUCAUUUAUUCGUUAUUUAUUCGACUCAUGGUGUCAGGGCAUUUGUUCAUGGCAGUUUUCCAGAAAGGACUUCCAAGAUAUAUUCACCCCAAGGGAUGACUGUAAUUUGAAGUGUGUCUAAAGAAAAAGGUAUUUUAUUUUUUUAAAGUUAUUUAUUAAUUUUUUUUAAGUUUACUGAAAAGACAAAUUGCCUGUAUGGACUAUUGACGAAAGUCACAUUUCUUGCCCUAGGGCUAACAUUAUUUUUGCAUCUCGACUGCCAGAUCUUUGUUCUGUUAUUUUGGCAUGGCUGCUCACACUCUUACAGGGUUCUCUCUGGUCAGUCUGCUGAGUUUUGGUUAUAUGUCCUGGGAUUGGGUAAAACCUACUAUGCUUGCUGACAGUCCUGGUGAUGUUCUUGAAAAACUCCAAGCGUCCCCUGAUCCUCGCCCCCCGCACAUCAUCUUUAUCCUAACAGAUGACCAAGGGUUCCAUGAUGUAGGGUAUCAUGGCUCGGACAUUCAAACUCCAACUUUAGACCGAUUGGCAGCAGAGGGAGUAAAGCUAGAAAACUAUUACAUUCAACCGAUUUGCACUCCUUCGCGCAGUCAGCUUAUUACUGGAAGGUAAGAAUUACAUGCUUGAAAACGUGGAUGACAAGUUGGUCCACACUAGCAUUCCAUGAAGCUGCCAAGACUAAUGUUGGCAUCUCAAGAAUGUUGGUCCGAUAUAGUUUAUAAUGCACAUAUGGCUGUUUUCUUUCUAUUCGUAUAUUUCCAUAUACUCUAGGUAAACAUUAAAAAGAGAAGCACAAAAGAUGUAUGUACGUUUAAAAAACUUUGAAUUGGGAGAAAUAAAUUCCUGGGUAUAGGAUAUAGGAUCAUUUUCUUGUAGAAGUUGGAUAAAAUUUACCAAUGUUUUCUGAAUAUCUCCUUUCAUUGCAAUAAUUAACAGUAAAAGCUUUACAAGAAAUACUUAUAUUGCAGGCUGCAUGAACCGGUUAAAUCUGGAGUUUUACUACUGAAUGAAAAUGACUUUGUGGAAAAAAAAAACAAAAAACUAAAGUUUCAGAACUUCAAAAGACAAUGCCUCAUUGAGUUUCUGGGAGGGUCAAUAAAGACAUUCAGAUAAUAACUAUAAAAUGCAGCUAGUGUCACUGUAACUACCCUUUAAUUCAAUCCAUUGCUGCUUCCUCUUACCCAUUGUGCUAUUGUGCCUGACUUCAGUUUACUAUAAUGCAUUGUUCUGAUUCACUGCCUAUGUGUAGCUUUCUUUCACUGCUAUGUGAACUCAAACGAGAGAAGAAUAAAACGGAAAGUAUAGAGAUCGUAGUUUAUGACUGAGCAUGUUUGGGACAUUUGUAAUGUGUAUUUAUGGGGUGAUGCAUUAUGGCAGAACUUAAAAACUUUUUGUAAACGUUGCACCUCUUUUGUUGGCUUUCAUGUAUCCUUGGCAAUUCCCAGUGUUUGAUCCUGAGUUUCAGGUUUGAGAGCAAACUCGCUAAAUUUCAGGUUGAAUAUGACAUUUCCAUAUAUUGGAAAAGCAUCAUGGGAGGUGUAGUUUGACAAAAGAUUCAAAAGCAACUAUUGCUUGCCCCUUAGUUAUUGUUUUGGUGAGGUCCAUUAAUGGAACACAGUUGUGUGGCCAUUUAAGGGUUCAUAUUUAGUGUCAGUCCAUUCCCAAAUGCAUCACAACAUUUCUAAAAUGAAUGUAUAUAGUUAGAUGUGGAUUGUACAUCUUGUGUGUUUACCUUUUUAAAAUGCUAUCUCGCUUCCUUUAGACAGAGCCGUGUUUCUUCAACCCUUUGUCCUGCAUGCCUCCAUUUUUCUGCUUUUAUUUAUGAAUGGGUUUCACUUUCGCAUUGUAAAGAGUGUGUUAGUGCUUUAUAAAUAAAAUGAAUAGUUUAUAAAGUUCAUAGUGAACCAAAUACACAAGGAAGUAAGGGUAACAUAGUACUGCUUUCUCUCAGUCUGUAAUCAUUUUACAUAUCUUAACCCAUGAGGUACCAUACUUUCUGUGUGUUUAUGUAUUACUUGUACAAAAUUCUCUUUCAUAUAGGGAAAUCUACCUUCAGUAUUAGUCUUCCUUUAAGCUAAGAACUUAAGUGUAUCCUGGAAACAUAGUUGGCAAUGGCCAGUGGUAGACUUCCAAGAGGGUCAUUUGCAGAAAGCCUAGUGCAAGUGAAAAUGUAAACAAGACUCCACUUGUGUAGCCUGCAAUUCAUGCCAAAGAAAAGAGGUAUUUUGGCUUCCCUCCUAUGUUAUAUUAACCCAUGUUGUCCUAGAGAGAAAACAGCCUUAAUCCUGUUUAGUACUCCUGACAUUAGCCUCUUACAAAUCCAGCUGGGCAACUAACACAAUGCUCUAGAUUGGUUCUCCACAAGAUGGACAGAUAGCAUCAUUCAUUCAUUACAUUCGUUAUGCUUCCAAACAGUAGCUUUCUUUUAGGUGUAAGGUUUCGCAGUGCAAACAGAAUUCCCUGUGGGAGUCACUUCCUGAUUUCUAGAAAGAUGGGCUGUAUCUACCUGAGUAAAGUUAUUUAUUUAAACUACAGCAGGCAAAUCAGUUUACGCAAAUCAACGUUCAUUUACCCAAUGCCAAAUCAAUAUCAUUUUUUCUUGUGUGAAAAAGAGAAAAGGUUAGUUGUAUGUCUGAUUUACUGGCAUUAAAGGGGAACUAUUGUCACCAGAACCAUUACAGCUUAAUGUACUGGUUCUGGUGUCUAUAGUGUGUCCCUGUAUAGCGUGUCUCUGUAGGCUCCUUAAUGUAAUGCACUCGAGGUGCUUCCUAUCUAUGUUCAGUGUUCAGAGUUCUCCACUCUCUGCAUUCAAUGCAUCUCUAUGAGAUUCAAUUUUCCUAUGGGAAAGCAUUGGAUUGGCUGAGAAAAUCAAGACUGAUUAUCUCAGACAUGGAGGCAGAGCCAGGUGGAAACACUGUGUACAUCAUGUGUUGGAACCAUUAAUCCAAACCAGUUCCCAAUGGUACUGGCUCCUUACUUAAUUAAAACCCAUUAAAGGUGUGGGCUAUCAUUCCAUGAAGUUAUAGUUAGUUAGGUACAUACAGACAGAAUAUACCAUAUGUGCACAAGUCUACCUUGAAUGUAUUAAUUCUGAAGAGUUUAUCUCUGAAUUAUCACAUUUGGACCUUCACUCAUCACAGAUCAAACUUGGCUUGACUCAGCUGAAUUGAAUGUGGUCCAUCUGCUCCUGAAAACUUACCUAAGAGAAUGCCUAAUUUAUUGUAAGCGCAUGUUACAAGCAGCUGAUUAACUCUAGUUAUGUUGAGUAAAGGAGUAGCAACCCAAGCUAAGUGAAAAUCUCUCAAACUGCUUUUCUGUUUUAUCAUUAUUCAUAAGAUACACAGCUACUGUCUAACAACAUUCUCAACUUAGGGAGACAUUGAGUAAUACAUAUGAACUAAAUCCAAAGAAUGUUAGACAUCAUAACCAUAAAUGCUUGUGACUCAGUCUUUUUUUUCCUUCCUGAGUACAGCAAAAAAAUCCCCAUGUGCUAGUAAAAAGUGAACCACCUCAAAGAUAUACUCACCUACAAAAUGACUGUUAAGCUUGCUUAGUUGUAUAUCUGGAGCCUACUUUUGACUAAUGACUAUAACAUGCACAAAUGUACUUCACACCAUUGGGCCAUUUAUUUAUUCCACAAGCUUGCAAUGCAAAGGAUGAAACAAGCAUGUCAGGGUGCAUGCACACCCCAAAACAAUGCAGACACUCUUGAAGUCCCACACCAAAUCUUAGAUAGCACCAUGUAGCAGAAUGGAUGCUCUAGCUACACUUUUAUUCCCUUUUGCUUCCACUGUCCGUAUGGCCCCAUUUGUUUACCAAAUCAACUCUGUGGUGCCCUUGUUCGCACCUUUUAAUUACCGACCGGCCCUGGCUGUUAACCACAAAUUGGUUAUUAGUUCAAGUGUUCCCCUGUGUGUCUGCCAUUCAUAUAACUGAACUCAUGUGUUUAAACAAGCCAGGGGAUAGAUUCAUCAGUGUUCAAGAGAGAACCCCCGAAAGAUGACCGGCCGUGCCUUGUUUUCUCUGGAACUAUUUUGGGGCAUCACCUUGUGGAUGAUGAAAACUUUAUUCGAAUGGCGUUCCCGAACCACUAAAGGGAUCUGAGUGAUAUUUCUUCAAAGUGUGUGCUCAGAUCCAAGCUAUUCAGUGAUAUGACUUUCAUGGGGUUCUGAAGUAUAAAAUGUAUUUUUGGGGUGUCUUAAAAUAUUGUAGAUUUUUCUGUACCUGAGAGAUAAUUGAGUUAUAUAUUUUUCUCACGCAAUUAUCUCUCAGGCACAGAGGCUCUUGGGAGGAAAAGCCCUGUAUUUUUGUAUAAGAGACCCCAUGUAGGGGUCGGUGCAUAAAAGCCGUGUGUGGCCAAAAUAAAAGGAGUUGACUCCCAGAACUAUGGGUCGUCUAGUUGUUGGGGGGGGAAGUGUUGUGGUUUUUUAUACUGCUUCUUUUAGCUUCGAGGAAGAAAUAGCAGAGAUACCUAUGCUGGGUAUUGGAGCUCCGCUACAUACCAUCUGCAUAUCCAAGGUGAUGCAGAAUGUUCCUGUGUCACUCCUGUAUUCUAGCCCAGAUCCAACCUAUUAAUCUUCCAGUGGAGCUCCAGAUUGGUCAUUCUGGUGCAUCUCUGCCUUAAGAUCAGCAUGGUAAAGCCUUCCUUUAGAUAGAUAUUUUGUUCUUGUCUGUGAUUCUUGAUUCACCUACUUCUCCUUCUGAUCACUGGUUACCAAAAUUCUGGCUUGGACAACAACACUUCUAUGGCAAUGGCUUAAAUCUGACUUACCUUUGACAUACUGGAGACCAUUGAAGCCAAGCCUCAUUCCUGUUUUGUGUAACUUCAGUUCAGAUUUGUAAAUUAUGUACACAUAGGUAUGCCACUCAUUUAUAUUAGAGUAUAUUUUAUAGUAAAUAUGAGAAUCUUAUGACAUAAUUUUCUGGACACCAAACAUAAUAUGUAAUUACUAAUUUCAAUGCCAUUUUUCAAACAGCUAUCAAUUCACACUUACGAACAAGUGUAAAAAUCAGCCAUAAGAGUAUGUAAAGGUUAAAGGACUGGUAUAUGUAGCAGGGGGAUAUUUCUGUUCUCUCCAGCUGCAGAAUACAAUAUUCAAGCUUUUUGUAUUUUACAGGGACCUAUUUACACGAAUGGUGAGUGAGUGAGUGAGUGAGUGGGCUUUAGGGAAUAUGUUUAUUCUUGGUAAGAAAUACUUUUUACAGGGUUUAAUAGGGGGGCAGUUCAUCUUCUUGUGGAUCAGGAGUGUUGUUUCAGGGAGAUUCCCAAGGUAUUCAUAGGCUUCAAUGCUGUACUUUCAUGCAUGCAGCUGCACCUGGUCAUAAAAAAGGAGAGAAAGCAUGGUGGUGCUAUGGGGGCCAUCUGCAGGUAAGUAUACCUAACUUAAGCUGCACCCCAGGGCAACUGCACACAAAGUAGGAAUGACACCUUCAGGAUCUUUGCAAAAAAGCAAACGCCCAAGAUGACUAUGCCACUUUAAUUCUAGGACAGAUACGGAAGCCUUCUGCAGAAGUUACAGUUUCGAACAUGUCUAACAAUAGACAUUGUGGUGAUGCAGUUGGAACAAGAACAUUGUGUGCCUCACAACUCUAUCUAUAUACAUUUUUUAAUCUUUUUUUUUGUCUCUGGGGCAUGUGUUAUUGUAGACAUUGUAAGCAUAAGGGGCAUGAGUCAUCAAAAACCAAACUUUCACCCUGGUUAGGUAACUUGAGCUAAAGGCAAGAUAUCCCUGAACUAGGUUUAUUAAAAAAAAAAAAAACAUAAAAGCAUUAAUGUCAAAUUUUGAAACUACCUAAUAUUAUCUCUGUUUUCCUUUUUAAGGUACCAAAUCCACACUGGGCUACAGCACUCCAUCAUACGACCACGGCAGCCCAACUGCUUGCCGCUUAAUCAGGUUACUUUGCCACAGAAACUGCAGGAUGCUGGCUACUCUACUCAUAUGGUGGGCAAGUGGCACUUGGGUUUCUAUAAGAAAGAAUGCCUGCCCACACGACGUGGUUUUGAUACAUUCCUUGGCUCACUGACUGGAAAUGUGGACUACUACACAUAUGAUAACUGUGAUGGACCUGGAGUCUGUGGUUUUGACCUACACGAAGGGGAAGAUGUUGCUUGGGAUAAAGCCGGGAAAUACUCUACGAUCUUGUAUUCUCAGCGUGUACAUCAAAUACUGGCUUCUCAUAGUCCCCAGCAACCUAUCUUUAUAUAUGUGGCAUUCCAGGCUGUACAUACACCUUUACAGUCUCCUCGUGAGUAUAUCUAUCCCUAUAGAAACAUGGGUAACGUGGCAAGACGCAAGUAUGCUGCCAUGGUGACCUGUAUGGAUGCAGCAGUGAAAAAUAUAACUCGAGCAUUGAAAAAAUAUGGUUACUAUGACAACAGCAUAAUUAUCUUCUCAUCUGACAAUGGAGGACAGACAUUUUCUGGAGGUAGCAAUUGGCCUCUGAGGGGUCGAAAAGGGACAUAUUGGGAAGGUGGAAUUAGGGGUUUGGGCUUUGUACACAGCCCAUUAAUUAAAAAGAAAAGAAGAACUAGCCGAGCCCUAAUGCAUAUUACAGACUGGUAUCCCACAUUGGUGAAGCUGGCAGGGGGUAAUAUUUCAGACACUGAAGGACUGGAUGGCUAUGAUGUAUGGGGGGCUAUUAGUGAAGGGAUGGAAUCACCCAGGACUGAAAUAUUGCACAACAUUGACCCUCUGUAUAACUUUGCCAGGUCUGGUUCUUUGGAGGAGGGGCAAGGAGUGUGGAAUACAGCAGUGCAGGCCUCCAUUAGAGUUAAAGACUUCAAACUCUUGACUGGUGACCCAGGUUACAGUGACUGGAUUCCACCACAAACCCUCACCAACUUUCCUGGUAGCUGGUGGAAUUUAGAAAGACACACAGAUGGGGCCCGUAAGUCCUUGUGGCUUUUCAACAUCACAGCUGACCCAUAUGAGCGCCACGACUUGUCUGCAGUAAAGCCAGAUAUAGUUAAGGAGCUUAUGAUACGCUUGUCAUACUAUAACCACACUGCUAUCCCUGUACGGUAUCCUGCUGAGGAUCCCAGGGGCAACCCUGAUUUGAAUGGAGGUGCAUGGGGACCAUGGGCCAGUGAAGAAGAUGAAGAGGAAGAAGAAAACUGGAUUACAAUGGGAGGACACCAAAAAAAUGCAAACAGAAAAAAGAAAUGUAAAAUUUGCAAGUUAAGGUCUUUCUUUAAGAAGCUAAACACACGCCUUAUGUCUAAUCGCAUCUGAAAGGACAUCUUGAUAUUUUUAACCAGAUGCCAUCUAAUUGUUUAGUAUGAUAUUGUUAUCGAUCCUAUUUUUGUGGAUUCUUUGAAAUGCAACAUUUCGUGUGAAGUUCAUAUGUUAAAAGGCAGAUAUAUGGAAAGAAGGCAGCAACACCAUAGUGAAAUGUCCCUCCAAGUUUGAUGGAAUUGAAGAGUGUAGAAUUCCUUCAGACCACAAGAACAAUUGCAGCCAUGAAUGCCUAACUUAUCUACAUUAUCUACCCUGUUACAUAGUUAUACAGUAGUCUAGGUUUAAAAAAGACUAAAGUCCAUCAAGUUCAACUCUUCUUUAUCUUAAACAAGUUCAUAGCACAGCAUAUAUAUAUAUAAAACAGAAUGAGUUAACACAGACCUUGUGAUAAAAAUUUGUAUUUACUGCUGUAGUGCACAUUACACAUAUUAUGAACAUAUUGGAGAUCCUUAAAAAAAAUACUGGACUAUAAAGACUUUUUAUAUAAAAUAUAUUAAGAAAAUUCAUAAAGUCAACAAAGGUGGUGAACAUAGAACAUGGGAUAAAAAAAAGAACACUGGAUUGUCAUUCAAGACGACACCUAUAGAGGUUGAGUUGUAAUCAGAAAAAAAAAUCUAUAUUUUUAAAUCUGUCAUAUGGCUAAAUAGUAAAUUGGUCAAAUUAUACAUACAAACACAUUUAUAUAUGUUUAUGCUUUAAAAGUGUAGGUACAUCCUACAGCUCACAAAGGCUCCUAUGUUGUAUGAAUCCUCAAGAUGACAUGUUACAUCAUAUAUGACCUAUUGCUCUAUUCAAACACAUUCAUUCAUAAAUGCCUAGAGUCACAUUCUAGUUUGAAAAAAAAUGACAUGUAUGUUGUAAUUAUAAGCCAGAGACAAGAACAUGUUAAAUUUGAAAUGCCAAUAUGUAUGUAAUUUGACAAAAUUAAAUGUUUCUAUUGUACUGUGACAAAAUGAUACAUCAUAUGUAGUGUCUGCAGUAGUGGUUUACUUUAAUGGAAUGAGAAUGAGGAUUAUUUGGUUGAAAAGAUAAGGAAAUGGGAAUCUUACAUAUAAGGAUGACAUAACAUGAUAUGGUAAACUAAAAGAGGGACCAUCACAUGUAUGUAGAAUGAUAAAAUAAUAAUUCCAAGUUUGAAAAAGAAGAGGGAGCGUUUGGGUAAAAAUAUUUAACAUACACAGCUGAUCCUCUAGUGAAGAAGGCUUGCACUUCCAAACUAUCUUUUAAUAUAGUGAUCCUUUCAGCAAGUUUAAAAAAAGGAAAAAUUGAUUCUUUGUUAAAUUAAGUAUAUGUAAAAGUUGAGGAAAAACCCAUCCCUACCUUUAGGUUAUAGCAGGACCUUUCAGCCAUUUCCAUAUACCUUGGGUCAGACAGUGUUUUAAUAUGACAGUAAGUGUUCUAUUGAUGUAAGUGCACUGUUUUUUUUUAAAUUUUGUCUGACCCGAGGUGCAUAUAUAUGGCUGAAUUAUCCUGUCAUUUACCGUACAAAAGGUGGAGAUGAGUUUUUAUCCUUUUUUUGCAUAUUCUUCAUAUAACACACAAUAUAUUUCCUUUCAAAACUUGAUAAAAGGGUCAUUAUAUUAAAAAAUAAUGUUGAGGUGACAGUUGUCCUUUAACGCCUUCCCGGCCAUGGACGUACCAGGUACGUCCGACAAAAAACGGCAGUUAAUGACCUCGAACGUACCUGGUACGUCCAAUAGUAAAUCCCCACUUAACUGAUCGCUGACGAUCCCACGCCGGCAAUCGCGAUCCUGGGGUCUGCCACUGCCCGAUCCAGACCCCCUCUGCCCGAUCCGGCCCUCCCAUGCCAUGUGAUCGCGGGGUCCUCGGGUUCACAUGGUUGGAAUAGCUGGCUUGUGCAGUGCCUGCAAGGGGCUUGUCUGAGCUCUUAGGCAGCCCCCCUAAUGCCUGCACAAAAGUUUAAAAAGCAAAUAAGAG